CCAGCGACAUCCGGAAGCGCCUCGCCAGCGCGCGUCGUCGGGUCCAACCACCACCUCGCGAACGCAGGCGCGAGCGUUCCGCACUCAUCGUCGGUGCUGAUGGGUGGACUGCCACCGGGCGCAAACCCUGCAGCGCGGUGCUCGGGCUCGGACGCGCUCCGUCUCAUCCGCGAAAACCCGGCCAACCUCAAGUGCGCCGACUGCAGCACGCCCAACCCGGACUGGGCGUCGACCAACCUGGCCGUUGUGGUGUGCUUGAACUGCGCGAUUGUGCACCAGUCGUUCGGCUCGCACGUCUCCAAGAUCCGCGCCAUCCAGCACAACGACUGGAGCAUGCUUGCCGUCGAUCUGCUCCGAACGCUCGGCAACAAGGAGGCAAACAGCGUCUGGGAGGCCGAAAUGCACAACAUGGGCGUCACCAAGCCAGGCCCGGAGGACGCCAACCAGAUCAAGCAGUCCUUUAUCAACACAAAGUACCGCCAGCGAUCCUUCCUGCGCGUCGAUCCCAACCUCGAGAACGAGGCCUACCUCGCGCUGCAGCUGUACUCGUUUGUCUCCACGGCAGACCUCUCGCGCACGCUGCACUUGCUUGCGUCGAAUGCCGAUCCCAGCCGUGCCAGCCCGCUCGAUCGCGACGGCAUGAAGACGCCGCUGCACGCCGCUGCCCUCGCGGGCCAAGCCCUGCAGCUGCAGCUCUUGCUGAGCAACGGCGCCGACAGCAACCUCAAGGACUCGGCUGGCAUGACGCCCGAAAUGUGCGCGCGCAUGUGCGGCCAGGUCAAGAUUGCCAACUUUUUGCGCGAGGCGCGGUUUGAGCUCACCGACUCGCUCUCCCGUCACCUCUCCGUCUUUGUUGAAGAAUCCGGCAACCUGCCCGAGUCCCACCCCGUCGUGCUCGAAUCCAAGGGCCUCGAGGCCCGUCUUGAGCCCGAGCGCGACGCUGCUCGUCAACGCCUCGGCUUGCUCAGCGUGCAGCAGUUUGAGCGCCUCGCUUCGGACGUGUACGACGAAAUUGACCGUCGCGACUCGGAGCGCUCCUACCGCCGCUCUGCAGACCACAAGCGCGGCGAGCACGUCACUGUGCCCCACUUGCCCGAAAACCCAGUCUUCCACACGCAGCGCAACCAAUCGCGCCAAAAGCUCUCCACCCUGAACAAUGCCCAGUUUGUCGAUCUCGUUUCCGACAUUCUCUUCGAGUCCAACCGUCGCAAAAUCCCGCGUCGCAAGCCGCACGAUCCGCACAGCGCGUUUGGCUCUCAACCGGAUCUGAGUGUUCCUGCCGGCAGCCUGAAAAAUCACGCGCACUGGCAAGACGAUGCCCAUAUUUACGACUCUGUGUUUGACGAGCAAUCGGCGACCGCUGCUGGACUUAUCAACCGAAGCUCCUUCGCCGGACAGUCGCGCGAGGUUGUUGAUUCGUUGAAAGCAGAGCUCGCAGUUACCACCCAAAUGCUGCAAGAGGCACAGGUCAAGAGCUCCACUGGCGGCUCGGCUGCUCUCGAACAGCUGAAAGCAACGCAUCGUGCCGAAAUCGAGGCGGAGCGAGCAAAAAUCCGGCAGCUUGAGAUGCAGCUCGUUAAGGCCAAUUCUCAAAGUGACGGUGCGCUGCGCGAGCUCGCCUCCCAGCACGAUCUGUUGCUCAAGAGCGAGCGCGAGAGGGCCGAGAUGCUUGAAAAGCACCUGCGAUCGCUCAAGCCCGAUGUGAACUUUACAGAGCAGCUCGAGGCGCUCAAGCAAAAGAGCGAGGCCGCCCAUGAUAUCGCUGUGCAGCUGCAGGCUCGAGUGGAUGAGCUCCAGGCCGACAAUCAACGCCUGCGACGUGAGCUGAGCUCGCACGAGGCUGGCUUUUCCGGAAGCAUCGACCAGACCAAGAUUCAGUCGCUCGUUGACGCGUGUGCCAGCCUGCGCUCGGUCAACUCGAAUCUCGCCGACGAGCGCGACCAGUGGGCUGCGCGCUGUGAGGAUCUCCAGCGUCAACUCAACGAGCACCAAGCACAGCAGUCGACGCUGCAGCGCAAGCUCACCACAAUGCUCACCGAGAACGAACGCCUACGGUCCAAUUCGACCAGCUCGAUGUCGGGAUCCGCUGCUGUUGCCGCCAAGGCAGUGUUUGACUCUGGCGCCGGUGGUCGUGCUCGUGCUGGGUCUGCCACAGCGGCCACGGCACACUCGUCAUCGUCGUCGUCGUCGGGUGCUUCCACGCCGACAAUUCCUACGUAUGCUGUACCAACGACAACCAAACGCCCCGAUCCGUUUGCAGCAUUCACAGAGGACGACUCGCUGGCAGAGAGCGGCGUGGUCGACAAGGCCCGCAGCGACUGGGAGGGCGACAUCCAAGAGCAGGCUGACAACGUGCACAAGGCCAUGCAGGCGCUCAUGAUGGCUGCCAAGGUGAACGCCCACGAUCGCUACGAGCAGGUGAUGGAUUUGCUUUCCUCGUCGCUGACGUCCAUGUCCAACCUCUGCGUCGGCAACGAGCCGUACCGCGUGAAAUUCCGUGCCGGCUUGACGAUUCUGAUCAACGCGUCGCGCAAGCUCAACGUUAUUGCUGCCAAGGCCAGCGGUGGCGACGACGAGAGCGUCCAGAACAUGAUUACGCUCGCGUACGAGAUUGCCAAAAUUGCCAAGCAGCUCGUGACCAUUCUCGAGCACGUGUAA